UAGGUUUAUCAGCCAUUUUCUAUAAUAAACAUUGAUAUUUUAGAUACAUAAACACAUGAGUAACUAUCGAUAACACAAAACAAAGGCAUCGCGUGCGCGAAUUCUUCACCUCUGCCAUCGCCAAGUGCUUCCUCUUCCGACUCCAACCCAAUUGGAGGAAUUUGCCAGCUGUGCACGUGAAAGUGAAACUAGGCAGUAGAACAUGUCCAAGGCCAAGGGUAAAAAGAAGGAACGCUUCGAUGACGAGGACGAGCAGGUGGAGAAAGUGGCGGCCGCUGUGACGGAGAAGAAAUCCGGAAAGAAGGGCAAGAAGGGAAAGCGUGGCGGUGACUCCAGUGACGAGGAUGUCGCCCCAAAGACUCGGAAUGCCGAUGACCUGGAGAGCGUGGCCUCCUCCACGCAAAGCAAGCAGCAGCAGCAGAAGAAACAGCCCAAGAAGGGUAAGAAGGGCAAGAAGAACGACGACUGGAGCGACGAGGACGAGAAGCCAGUGAAGGCAGCGCCUGCCGACGAUGACGAGGACGAAGACGAGCCACCCGUCCAGGCCAAGCCAGCGGCGAAAAAGCAGCCUGCCGGCAAGAAGAAUAAAAAGAACAAAAAGAAGAACGACGACUUCUCGGACGAGGAAGAGCCCGAUCUGGAUCUGAAGGGCAGCGACGAGGAUGAGGAGGAGGAGGUUGUGGUGGCGGCUGCCAAGCCAGCUUCCAAGAAGGCCAAGAAGAAGCAACAGCAGCAGAAGAACAAGUUCGCCAUGAGCGACGACGAGGACGAGGAGGAUGAGGUGCCCGAGGAGGAUCUGGAGGAGGAGGAGGUCGUGGCGGUGGCUCCCAAGAAGUCCCAAAAGAAGAAGCAACAAAAGUCCAACAAGUAUGCUGCCAGCGAGGAUGAGGAAGAGCUAGAGGAGGCGGACAAGGUGGAGGAGGAGGUGGCUCUCGCCGACAAAGUGGCAGCUGUGAGUCUCAAGGAGAAGUCCGUGGAGAAAGAAACGAAGCCAGAGCCCACUCCAGAGCCUACUCCUGAGCCAGAGGUAGAGCCCGAGGCGGAGGCCGAAGCGGAAGCCGAGGCAGAACCCAAAUCCGAGGAGAGCAAUCCCAAGGAUCCCAAGGAGAAGAAACUCACUCACAAGGAGAAGAAGAAACAGAAGAAGCAGCAGGAGUACGAGCGCCAAAUGGAGCUGAUGACCAAGAAGGGCGGUGCCGGGCACUCCGAUCUCGACAACAAUUUCACCAUGUCCCAGGUGCAGAAGAGCGCCGGCCAGCAGGCAGCCCUCGAGCAUGCCGUGGACAUCAAGAUCGAGAAUUUCACAAUCUCCGCCAAGGGCAACGAUCUGUUCGUGAACGCCAACCUGCUGAUUGCCCACGGACGUCGCUAUGGUCUGGUGGGUCCGAACGGACAUGGCAAGACCACUCUGCUCCGUCACAUCGCCACUCGUGCCUUCGCCAUACCGCCGAACAUCGAUGUGCUGCUCUGCGAACAGGAGGUGGUGGCCACCGACAAGACGGCCAUCGAGACGAUCCUGGAGGCGGACGUCCGUCGCACACAGAUGCUGAAGAAGGCCGACGAGCUGGAGAAGCAGUUCGCCGCCGGGGAUCUGAGUGUGCAGGAGGAACUGAACGACACUUUCGCCGAGUUGAAGGCGAUUGGAGCGUACUCGGCGGAGGCCAGGGCUAGGCGCAUCCUGGCCGGUCUGGGCUUCAGCAAGGAGAUGCAGGAUCGGCCCACCAACAAGUUCUCCGGUGGCUGGAGGAUGAGAGUGUCGCUGGCGCGUGCCCUCUACCUGGAGCCCACACUCCUCAUGCUGGACGAGCCGACGAAUCAUUUGGAUCUGAACGCUGUCAUCUGGCUGGACAACUACCUACAGGGCUGGAAGAAGACACUGCUGAUCGUGUCCCACGACCAGAGUUUCCUCGACAACGUCUGCAACGAGAUCAUCCAUCUGGACCAGAAGAAACUCCAGUACUACAAGGGCAACUACUCCAUGUUCAAGAAGAUGUACGUGCAGAAGCGGCGCGAAAUGAUCAAGGAGUAUGAGAAGCAGGAGAAGCGCCUCAGGGAGCUCAAGGCUCAUGGCCAGUCCAAGAAGGCGGCCGAGAAGAAGCAGAAGGAGUCGCUGACCCGCAAGCAGGAGAAGAACAAGAGCAAGCAGCAGAAACAGGACGAGGACGAGGGACCACAGGAGUUGCUGGCCCGUCCCAAGGAGUACAUUGUCAAGUUCCGAUUCCCGGAGCCAUCACAGCUCCAGCCACCGAUUCUCGGUGUCCACAAUGUCACCUUUGCCUUUCCGAACCAGAAGCCGCUCUUCAUCAAGGCGGACUUCGGUAUCGAUCUGACCAGUCGGGUGGCCAUCGUGGGCCCGAACGGUGUCGGCAAGUCCACCUUCCUGAAGCUGCUGCUCGGUGAACUGGAGCCCCAGGAGGGUGAGCAGCGGAAGAAUCAUCGCCUGCAUGUCGGCCGCUUCGAUCAGCACUCCGGCGAGCAUCUGACGGCGGAGGAGUCGGCCGCGGAGUACUUGCAGCGAUUGUUCAAUCUGCCGCACGAGAAGGCGCGCAAGGCACUCGGGUCCUUCGGUCUGGUCAGUCAUGCGCACACCAUCAAGAUGAAGGAUCUGUCCGGUGGCCAGAAGGCCCGUGUGGCACUCGCCGAACUGUGCCUCAGUGCGCCCGAUGUCUUGAUUCUGGAUGAGCCGACGAACAACCUGGAUAUCGAGAGUAUCGAUGCCCUGGCGGAGGCCAUCAAUGAGUACGAGGGCGGCGUCAUCAUUGUGUCCCACGACGAACGGUUGAUCCGCGAGACAGGAUGCACUCUGUACGUGAUUGAGGACCAGACGAUCAACGAGAUCGACGGCGAGUUCGAUGACUACAGGAAGGAGGUGCUGGACUCCCUGGGCGAGGUGGUGAACAAUCCCAGCGUGGUGGCCAAUGCGGCUGUGCUCCAAUAGCCAUAGGAACUACCUGCCUAUGUUAAUUGUUCAACUGUUGAGUGGUUUAGUCCGCUAGUUAGCCUUUUUUAUACCAACAUAAUAUACGAAUAACGAAAAUUCCGAGAGAGAA